AUAGCACUCUGCAAUUGCUGUCCCUCACCCCUUUCAUCUACUACUCUCUCUCUCUUUCUCUAUUUCAUUCUCUCUCAGACUACUUGAUUCCUAUUUCCUCCUCUCAAUUAAGUAAGGUAUGCCUUGCAAUAUCAAAGUGUACCAUUAAAUUGAAGUUCAUUAUCUUAUUUUCCUCCAUAUCAGCAUUGCUCCAUAGCCUGUGUAGCUGAUAAGAUACAAUGCCGACUUUAAUCUGUUUCUGUUUGGUUGAAAAUCUGUCUGCAAUUGUGAGCAUUAGUUGUGGAUCUUCCUGUUGACAUGCAGCAGAGGGAGUCAUUGAGCUUCUGAGAUUACUCUUGUUUGGGUGGAUUUUGGUUAAUUACCUGAAGGACGAUUGUGUUUGAUAACCCUCAUUAAGCUCAUCGAUGUCGAACAGUUUGUAUUAUCAGGCUAAGAGAGAAAUUGAUGCAUAUUUCAUGCCUCAGUGUCAACCCUUAAAUCCUCAACUCUGUUAUUCCAACCUUAGUAAUGGAAGUUAUGGAACCUCUAAAGUUUCCCCAGGACAGUACAGCACACUGGAAUCCUCGUCUGGGAUCGGAAGUUAUCUGAUGCAUAGCUCCACUUCAACUCUUAGCUUUGCUUCCAGUGAAAGCCCGGGAUCACUACUUGAUUCAAGUUCAUAUCCCGACAAUGCGAAUAACUCGCCUGUGAGCAACUCGUGUGUUACAGAAGAUAUGGGUGACUUGAGGUGCAAGUUGAGAGAGUUGGAAAGUGUCAUGCUGGGACCUGAUUCUGAUAUAAUAGAUGGUUAUUGCAACAUGAUUGAGAGUGGGUCUCUUGUAACUCCUCUGGAGAUGGACAGCUGGGGUAAAGUGAUUGAAAUGAUCGCUCGCAAGGACGUGAAACAGGUUCUUGUGGCCUGUGCACGCGCUGUUGUUGAGAACGAUCAGUUGGUGGCACAAUGGUUGAUGGAUGAGCUGAGACAGAUGGUGUCAGUCUCCGGUGAGCCAAUUCAACGAUUGGGUGCGUACAUGCUCGAAGGGCUUGUGGCAAAACAGGCCUCCUCAGGUAGUUCGAUUUACAAAGCAUUAAAGAGCAAAGAGCCAGCAAGUGCUGAUCUUUUAUCUUAUAUGCAUAUACUUUUUGAAGUUUGUCCAUACAUUAAGUUUGGCUACAUGUCUGCAAACGGCGCCAUUGCUGAAGCAAUGAAGGAUGAAAGACGGGUCCAUAUCAUUGACUUCCAAAUCGGGCAAGGGAGCCAAUGGGUGACCCUUUUACAGGCGUUUGCAUCACGGCCUGGGGGAGCCCCCCAUAUCCGGAUAACUGGGAUAGACGACUCCUAUUCAGCAUAUGCUCGUGGGGGUGGGCUGAAUAUCGUGGGCCAGAGACUUUCAAGAUUAGCUCAGGCAUUCAAGGUUCCUUUCGAGUUCCAUGCAGUUGAUAUCUCAGGCUGUCGGGUUCAGUUGAAAGAUCUAGGAGUUCGUCGUGGAGAGGCCUUGGCGGUGAAUUUCGCUUUUAUGCUUCAUCAUAUGCCAGAUGAAAGUGUGAGCACAGAGAAUCACAGGGAUCGAUUACUUAGGCUGGUGAGGGGGUUGAACCCGAAAGUGGUUACACUAGUUGAGCAAGAGUGCAACACAAACACAGCUUCUUUCUUGCCUCGUUUUCUCGAGACAAUGGAUUAUUACAUGGCAAUGUUUGAGUCGAUGGAUGUAACUCUACCUCGAGUUCAUAAGUAUCGUAUCAAUGUCGAGCAACACUGUUUAGCAAGAGAUGUAGUUAACUUGGUAGCUUGCGAGGGAGCUGAGCGGGUAGAACGCCAUGAACUACUCGGGAAGUGGAGAUCACGGUUUACAAUGGCGGGUUUUAAACCGUACCCAUUAAGCGUUUUAGUAAAUAGCACAAUAAAAACAUUGCUACAAAACUACUGCAAUAGUUAUAGGUUAGAAGAGAGGGAUGGGGCACUUUAUCUUGGAUGGAUGAAUAGAGAUUUGGUAGCUUCUUGUGCGUGGCAAUGUAGUUAGUUGCCUGCUGAUGUUAUAAAAUGUCAGAAGCUGAGCCAUGAAGUUGUAACGUUUACUCUUUCCGUUUCCGUAAUUAGUUUUUGGCUGAUUGUUGAAGUAGCAACAUCAGCUAAGUUUGAGCCUCCCUUUCCUUUUGUUUUGGGGAAGUGAUUUCCCGUCAGUUAUUUUGCUUGAAUGAAAAAAGCUGCAAGACAAAGUAAGCUUGUUCCGUUGUCUUAA